AUUUCUUUUUGUUUGAAUGAUUGUUCGGUGUAUUUGUUGCUCGUCUAUAGGCGGAUCUGACCGUUUGUUUUGCAGUUGUGUUGAGUGUCAAACUUCACACGCGCGUAGCAGAGGUCGCGACGACAACCGGAGUCCUAAAUAAAACCAGGCAGUAUUUGCCAAAAGCAGUUCUUGGUCUAAUUACGAGCAGGUCAGAAUGGCGGAUGACUUCGAUGUUGAGGCCAUGCUGGAAGCUCCUUAUAAGAAGGGUGAAAGCAAGUCUUCUAGCGCCAAUGGUCAUAAUGAGGAACGCAGCAAAAAGAAAAGACGCAGCAACAGUCGUAGUCCGAGUCCAGGCCGCCGGAGGAGUAGAAGCGGGGGGCGCAAGAAGAGCCGAGAACGACGCAGGAGCCGCAGCCGUGAGCGAAGACGUUCACGAAGCAAAGAGCGCAAACGUUCACGAUCCCGCAGCAAGGAUCGUGGUGGACGUUAUCGUGGACGCAAAAGCCCCUUUAUGGGGCCGAAAUUAAAUGGUGGUCCCGGAGGGAAGACCGGCCCACAACAUUUCACCAAACACAGUCGCAGGCGCUCUCGGAGCAAAAGCCCGUUUAAGAAGGACAAAAGCCCCGUCAGGCAACCGAUAGAUAAUCUAAGCCCAGAAGAGAGAGACGCCCGCACAGUGUUCUGCAUGCAGCUCGCUGCCAGAAUUAGACCCAGAGAUCUGGAAGAAUUCUUCUCUGCAGUGGGAAAAGUCCGUGACGUCAGGAUGAUCUCAGAUAGAAACUCUCGGAGGUCAAAGGGCAUUGCCUACAUUGAGUUUGUGGAGGCCACAUCAGUACCACUGGCAAUCGGCCUGACGGGGCAGAGAGUUCUGGGAGUGCCUAUCAUAGUCCAGGCCUCGCAGGCUGAGAAGAACAGGGCCGCAGCCAUGGCUAGCAUGCUCCAGAGAGGUGGUGCAGGGCCCAUGCGGCUGUAUGUUGGCUCCCUGCACUUCAAUAUAACUGAGGACAUGCUCAGGGGCAUUUUUGAGCCGUUUGGAAAGAUUGAGGGCAUCCAGCUAAUGAUGGACAGUGAGACGGGCAGGUCGAAAGGAUACGGCUUCAUAUCAUUUGCAGAUGCAGAAUGUGCUAAAAAAGCCCUGGAGCAGCUAAAUGGUUUUGAGCUUGCGGGGCGGCCAAUGAAGGUGGGUCAUGUUACCGAGCGUUCGGAUGCCUCAUCGGCCAGCUCCUUCUUGGACAAUGAUGAGCUGGAGAGAACUGGCAUUGACUUGGGCACGACGGGUCGCCUUCAGCUGAUGGCAAGACUCGCAGAAGGCACAGGACUGCAGAUUCCUGCUGCUGCCAAGCAGGCCUUACAGAUGAGUGGUUCUGUGGCGUUUGGAAAUCUGGCAAAUGCCUCAGCCGCACCUCCUCUUAUUCCCAAUCCUGGGAUGAACCAAGCUAUGAACCUUCCAACCCAGCCUCUGGCCACACACUGUUUACAGCUCUCCAACAUGUUCAGUCCACAGACGGAAAACGAACCUGGCUGGGACAUGGAGAUACGAGAUGAUGUCAUCGAAGAGUGCAAAAAACACGGAGGAGUGGUUCACAUAUACGUCGACAAAAACUCUGCUCAAGGAAAUGUUUAUGUAAAAUGUCCAACCAUCCCAGUAGCAAUGGCUGUUGUCAGCGCUCUGCACGGGCGGUGGUUUGCAGGUAAAAUGAUCACAGCUGCCUACGUGCCCCUCCCUACAUACCAUAACCUGUUUCCAGACGCUGCCACAGCCACGGAGCUCCUGAGGCCCAUGCACCGGUGAUCCAGCCCAUCGCUUUGGCUCGGACCCCUGCCACCCACUGACCCUGCUUCAUCUGGAACCCCAAUGCAUCCGUACUCCUUCCCAAAUGAACUGCUGUGGGCCUGAGACGGUCCUGUCACUGAGGGCCACUUAAUGUAUGAAGUUAGAUUUCACAGUUGGACAGCAUUUUCAGUCUUGUAAUGGCAAAAGCAAACUUCAGACCAGCUCUCAGCUUUAUGUACAGUGGUAUAUUGAUAAGUGAAAACCUGUAACAUUGUCACCCUCUCUAGAUGAGUUCUUGACUCUUGAAAACCAGUUUCGAAGAUUCUGGGUUUUUUUUAAAAGGUAUUUGACCGUCUUUCUGUUUGUUUUUGUAAGGAUAGAAGGAAGGUUUCUUCAGCUGUUUGGUCGUCAAGUCAAGGAAAAUUUUCACUGAUCUUCAUCUUUUCAAGACAGACAUUGUGUUGUGAGCUAUUGGUUCAUUUUUCAUUCUGGUUCUUCACUUUUAAGCAACAAAAGACAACCAAAAAAAGUUUUUGUUUUUUUGUUUUCUUCUGGAGAGUCUACUCAAGCUGUUUAGCUUUCUAAAACAACAUUGAAUUUAUAACUUUUCAUAAUCAAGAAUUGAUUUUUCUAAAAUCUUCUACGAUUAAAAGACUUUCACAACACUGUGUAAAAA